CACCGUAGGGUUUUGGCAAUUACACAUUUGCCUUUUGGAAGAUUUAUUGCAGGCGCCAGCCGAGAAUAAAUUGGCAAUGGACGCUGAAAGCAGCUGGAAAUCGACACCGCCAUCGUAGCCCUGGACGGGUUGAAACUGAAUAACGCUUCGAUUGAGAGGCGGCCCCGAGCAGCAGGUUUGCGGUGCCGGAAGUGACCAGCUUGCUUUAACAGGGAAGCCUUCCUUCUAGAAGCUGGACGACACGCCUCGGAGACCGGAGAGCUUGUUUUACAUGCUAUUUUUUUGAACCCGGUUUGAGGGCAUAUGCUAUACCUUUGUGAACUGUGGCGUCCUAACUGGGUCUGAGCGGAAGAAGAACAUAAACGGGAAGAAAUGAAGUUAAGCGAAAUUUGGUGGGAGAGGUAGGCAAAGAAGGGCUCUUAGGCUCCAAAGAAAGACGGACUGGGAUCAAAUUGCAAACAAGGAACAGGAUGGGUUUGAAGAAGAGCUUCGAAACGUAAGCUAUUCGUUCUUUCUGCCCCGAUGAGUCUUUUUUUAUAUCUCCAUGUGGUUUCUUACAUCGGUUCGAGUAUUUAGUUUACCCAGAAAAUUCAUUUAUGCUACUUGUAAUCAUAUUCGUUUCAAGUCAAUCUCUCCGGCGCUUGCCCUCUUGAACUCCACCGAGCCCUCAGAUUUAUCCACGGAUGAUGAAUACUCUUACGCGACCUCUUCUUCUCCCGCUUCUACUUUCUCGUGUAUGUCUGGUUACAUUCCGAACAGCACAAAUCUGGCUGAGUUGGACUCGUCCAGGGUUGUUCAAAUUUUGAAUACUCUAAGAAAAGAUCCCAAUUCUGCAAUGUCCUUCUUUUACCAGUUAAAGGAACAAGGCUUUCUACAUGAUGUCUCCACGUAUGCAGCUCUUGUUGGGAUCUUAUGCUGUUGGAGGUUGUAUAGGGAGUUGGAUGCUGUCUUUUUGGAGCUCAUCGUUGGGUCCGCAGAUAAGGGGAACUUGCGAUUUGAAAUACCCCAUUUGUUUGAAACACUUGCAUUGGAGGGGCUCCAUGCCAAUGAGACAUUGGCCAGAGCAUACAAUGUGCUGGUUAAAUCGUAUGUCAGUAUUGGUAUGUUCGAUGAGGCAAUUGAUGUUUUGUUCAAAACAAAGAGGCGUGGGGUUGUUCCCCAUAUCUUCACCUGUAAUUUUCUCAUGAAUCGGUUAAUUCAUCAUGAGAAAAUGGACAUGGCUAUAGCCAUUUACAAGCAGCUUAAGAGGUUAGGUCUGAGCCCUAAUGAUUACACCUAUGCAAUCAUGAUUAAGGCGCUAUGCAAGAAGGGUGAUUUGGAAGAAGCUGUCCAUGCGUUUCAGGAGAUGGAGGAAGCUGGGAUGACCCCCAAUGCUUUUGCAUAUACAGCAUAUAUUGAAGGGCUUUGCACCCACCGGAGGUCAGACUUGGGAUAUCAAGUACUCCAAGCAUGGAAAGAGGCAAAUGCCCCUAUUGAUGCAUAUGCUUAUGGUGCUGUCAUUCGUGGAUUCUGUGGCGAGAUGAGAUUGGAUGAAGCAGAGAAUGUCUUUCUUGACAUGGAAAAACAAGGGGUGGUCCCUGAUACACAAUGCUAUCAUGCAUUGAUCCAUGGAUACUGCAAGGGUUGGAAUCCGCUAAAAGCUCUGGCUCUCCAAAAUGAUAUGGUAUCAAAGGGUCUAAAAAGUAACUGUGUAAUUGUUAGCUUGAUUCUUCAAUGCUUGUGUGACAUGGAUUUGCUUCUUGAAACAGUGGAUCUAUUCAAUGAAUUCAAGGGGUCUGGGAUUUUUCUCGAUGAGGUUUCAUACAAUAUUGGGGUGGAUGCCUUGUGCAAACAGGGGAAAGUGGAUGAAGCCAUAGAUCUGCUUGAAGACAUGAAAAGUCAGCAUAUGGUAUUAGAUAUUAUGCACUAUACAACGUUGAUUAAAGGCUACUGCCUCCAAGGAAAAUUGCUUGAUGCUAUGAAUCUAUUUGAAGAAAUGAAGGAAAAGGGUUUCAAGCCUGACAUUGUUGUUUUUAAUGUACUUGCUUAUGGGUUUUCAAGAAAUGGCCUUGCAUCUGAGGCUCUUGAACUUUUGGUUUAUAUGGAGUCACAGGGUUUAAAGCCAAACUCUAUUACACACAACAUCAUUCUUGAAGGUUUAUGUAUAGGAGGAAAAGUGAAGGCAGCUGAGGAAUUUCUGAGCAGCAUAAAGGAUAAGAGUGUGGAUAACUAUUCUGCUAUUGUUAGUGGGUACUGUGAAGCCAACUGUACAAGCAAGGCCUAUAAACUUUUUGUUAAGCUAACAAAGCAAGGAGUUCUGAUUAGAAAAGGCUCUUGCUUUAAACUUCUCAGUAACCUUUGUUCUGAAGGUGAUAAUGACGAAGCUCUUGCAUUGCUUGAGACAAUGUUGUCGUUGAAUGUAGAACCUAGCAAAAUAAUGUACAGUAAAGUCAUAGCUGCACUUUGUCGGGCUGGAGAUAUGAAAAGGGCCCGGUGGUUUUUCAAUAUUCUUGUCGAAAGGGGGUUAACUCCUGAUGUCAUUUCCUACACAAUGAUGAUACAUGGGUACUGCAAACUGAACUGCCUACAGGAAGCCUGUGAUCUCUUCCAGGAUAUGAAGGCAAGGGGGAUUAGACCUGAUGUUAUCACUUACACAGUUUUGCUUGAUGCACAUUCCAAAAUAUAUCUAAGAAGGGUUUGUUCUCAUCUAGACAUGAGGGAAAAUAAGGAAAUGAAAAUUAAUGCUUCAACCAUUUGGACAGAAAUGGAGGAUAAGGGUAUAAGACCCGAUGUCAUUUGUUACACUGUAUUAAUUGACGGGCGCUGCAAGGCAGACAGCCUUCAGGAUGCUGUUGCCCUCUUUGAUGAAAUGAUUGAUAGAGGAUUAGAACCUGAUACAGUGACUUACACAGCUCUUUUGUCUGGCUCUUGUUAUAGGGGAGAUGUGGAUAGGGCUGUGACCCUUUUUAAUGAGAUGUCUUCUAAGGGAAUACUGCCUGAUACCCAAACCAUCUCGAUUCUUCACCGUGGUAUUAUAAAAGCCAAGAAAGUCCAAUUUCGCAAAUAAGCAUUCUGUUGGCAAUAAGUGCUUGGAUGAACCCAAAAUCAAUGAGGUGGCUCUUGAUUUUUCAGGCAGAGAAGAAGGGAAGCAGUUUAGUAGGCCACUCAGAAGUCAAGUCAUUGCAGGUAUCAAACAGAUGUGUACAUGAACAUAAAUGGAAUUGCCAGAAGGGUGAUUUACUUGGGAGAUAAAUUAUUGGUAGAUGCACAUUGAGGUUUUGAAACUUAAUGUGUGGUCUAUAAAAUCUAAAUUAAAACUUAAUGUGUGGUCUAUAAAAUCUAAAUUAAAAUUUACUUCAUUACAGACUUCCUUGUGGAAGGAUGGACAUGUAUGAGACUAAAUGGAAUUGCCGGAAGGGUGAUUUACUUGGGAGAUAAAUUAUUGGUAGAUGCACAUUGAGGUUUUGAAACUUCAUGUGUAGUCUAUAAAAUCUAAAUUAAAACUUCAUGUGUGGUCUAUAAAAUCUAAAUUAAAACUUACUUAAUUACAGAAUUCAAAUAGAUAUGGGGGAUGAAGAUUGAGAUCAUAAAAUGGAUGAUGGGGUUAAAAAUAGACAGUGAAAGCUGAGAAAGGGUGAGGUGGCAUAAGUGCUGCCUGUGUUCCCUUUUUGCCUUUUGAAAAUUAAUUAAUGGAUGUGAAGUCAACUAGCUUUCGACAUUAAUUUAUACAUAUUUCAUGAUCCAUUAGCUUUUCACUUGUUACUUGUUGCUACUUUGAUAUGUAUGUUUUCUAAUGGUUAAUGCUUGACUUUUUGUCACACACAUUAUUGAUUUUGUAUAACUUACGCUUGAAAAAAUGAUUUUAUGAGCUUUUGAUCAUGUGAAUUGGGACUUCCUUUUCUACAUGCUUGGGAGAUGCGGUUUUGGGUAAAGGUGUUGUUUGUGGAUUAGGCAUUGUGUUUCUACUGCCGAUUCUUAGUGUUGGUUAAUGUAACCUUGCUAGUCUUUUCCAUAGCUCAUGUGGUUUGAGACAAGGGAACCCUUUGUCUCCUUUCCUCCUUGUCAUUAUUAUGGAGACAUUGGGUCAAAUGAUGGAGGCUGCUGUUUUGUUUUGUUUUGUUUUUUUUUUUUUUUUUUUUUUGGGGGGGGGGGGGGGGAGGGGGUGUUCUUUCAUGUUUCUCGGUUGGGAAUGCUAUUAAUGAUUACAUUUUCGCAUCUUAUUUUUCCAUAUGACACUCAUUUUUUUGUGAUGCGGAUCGUGGUCAGAUUAAGCCUCAAGGGCUGUAUUAUCAUGUUUUGAAGCUAUAUUGGGCCUCAAGGUGAAUCUUGGAAAGUCGGACAUGGUUUUGGUGGGUGUGGUGCAUAACAUCAAUAGUUUGGCAGUUUGUUGGGCUGUAAAAUUGCUUCUUUACCUCUGAAAUAUUUGGGCCUUUCAUUGGGGGCGACAUUUAAGGCUAGUAUUAUUUGUGAUGGGGUUGUAGAGAAAGUUGAGACAAGGUUGGCUGGUUGGAAGAGGCUAUAUUUUUAUCUAAAGGGGGCACACUUACUCUUAUCAAGAGUACCGUUUCCAAUCUCCCCACUUACUUUCUAUCGUUGUUUCCAUUGCUUGCAAGGGUGGCCAACUGGAUUGAGAGGUUGUUCAUGCUUUUUUAUGGGAUGGUAUUGGAGAGGAAACUAAAUUAUAUCUUUUUAUUUGGAAUAAAGUUUGUUCUUGUAUUUCCGUUGGAGGGUUGGGGUUCGUAAUUUGAAGAUCUUUAAUAAAGUUUUAUUGGGGAAGUGGCUAUUGAGAUAUCAAUCGGAAGGAGAGUCGCUUUGGAGGGAGAUCAUUGAUCGGAAGUAUGGAAGUGCUUGGGGGGGUUGGUGUUCUAAUGAAGUUCGGGAGGUUUAUGGUGUGGGUCUUUGGAAGUUCAUUCGAAAGGGCUGAGAAGAGUUUUGUUAGUCAUGGUAGUUAUGAUGUUGGAGAGGGAUCUUGUUUCUGGUUUGACAUUUGAUGUGGUGAUCGAGCCCUCAAUAGUGUGUUUUUGGCUAUCUUUCAAUUGACUUCAGAUCAGUUUGCUGCUGUAUCUGACUUGCUUUGUCAUUCUAAUGGCUUGAUUUAGUGGGAUAUUUGCUUAACUAGAGCUGUUCAAGAUUGAGAGAUUGACGAAGUUCCAACUUUCUUCAGCUUUUUAUACUCUUUGAGGCUUGGUGGAAAUGAUGAGGAUAGGAUGUUGUGGAAGUCCAAGGAGCGUAAAAAGCUCACUGUUCGCUCUUACUGUAAGUUGUUGACUUUUCAGAAUUGUCCUCAUUUUCCUUGGAAAUGUAUUUGGAGGUCUCACAUGCCUUCCAAAGUUGUUUUUUGCAUUUGGAUUGCCUCUUUUGGGAAAAUUUUGAUGUUGGAUAAUUUAAGGAAGCAAGGGAUUAUAAUUAUGGAUUGGUGUUUCAUGUGUGAAAAGAAUGGGGAAACUGUGGAUCAUUUACUCUUGCAUUGUGAGGUUGCAAGGCCUUUGUGGGAAGGCAUUUUUGUAGAUCAGCUUGGCUUGGGUGAUGCCUUUGAGAGUGGUUGAUCUUCGUGUGUUGGAAUGUGCUCCAUGGUUGUUCUUAAGUGGAUGCGGCUAGGAAGAUGGUUCUUUUGUGUCUUAUGUGUGCAUUUGAAUGGAAAGGAUUGUGCGGUGUUUUAAUGACAAGGAGUGUACUUUGGAGCAACUCUGGAAUUCCUUUGUGUGGUAUUUGUUGUUUUGGUUUUCUGCUUUAGUGAUUAACCGAGUUUUUGUUUAUGAUUUUCUGGUGUUGCUUUCUGUUCCCCAGAAUUUAUUAGGUGUUUUCUGUUGUAUACUUCUUGUGUACACAGGCUUCGCCUAUUGUCACGGAAUGAGACUUGCAGGCACCUGCUUACUCGCGAUCAUGCAACACUUGGGCCUCGAAAAGACCCAAUUCAGCCUACUCCCGAAACUUCCAAUCCCUCUUGCCCACACGCCUUGGUGUAUUGACACUAGCACCUUGCCCACUCUUGGAGGAAAGUCACACACACAUAAACACAAAGGCACACAAGAGAAUAUGGGAAUGAAUUCCACAAUACAAGAAUUGUAUGCAAGGUGUUUGUACAGAGCUCUCACCCCAAGCUUUUACUCAAGCACACCCAAUUUUGCUCACCCUUUCAUGAUCUCUUGAAAGUACUCUCACUUUCUCCCUUUAGACAAGAUGAGAUAUGAGAUAUGUGAUGCCUCACAAAUGGGACCCAUUCCCCUUUUAUAGCCAAGCACCUCCUCAAUAGACAGUGGAGAUCAAUUUGAUCCAAUGACUUACAUGGAUUCUCUAGACUCCAAUGGAUUCUCUAGACCCUUACAGAGAAGUUCCCCACCUCUAGAAUAUUCUAGAACCCGUAAAAUAUUCUAGAGCAUCUCUACACCAUUUUAGAGACUCCCCUCUCUAGAACUCUCUUAAGAACACCAUAAAACUCCAAAGCCUUUAGGAGCCUUCAGCCACACUCUAGAUUUCUCUAGAGUCUUCUAAGGUCACCUUGAACCUUCACCCUCCAGAUUAUUCUGGAGUCUUUUAGUACCCUUUGGAUCCCACUAGAGUCUUCCAAAACGCAUUAGGGUCACACCUUUGAGCAUGCCACAAGCCUUAGCCACUUGGGUCAUGACACUAUACAUUCGUUUCUAAUUAAAUUACUUAUAAAAAUAUUGGUGAGCUGUAUCUUGCUUGCCUGUGUACUGUUGUUUCUCUCUCUUUUCUCCCAUUAAUCACUCAACCAAGUACCAAUUGCUUGAAAUAAUUGCAGCAUUUUCAGGAUUUUGUUUCUAUUGGCUUUUGCACUUGGUGAUGUUUUGUGAUAAAGCUUUCAGGUUUGAACUGGAUAUGUUCUGUGAACAAAACAACCAACAUGUAGAAGAACGGUUGGAAAAUAUCAACAAUAAUACUCUCAAAUUGACGUUCCAAUUUGUAUUAAGGUUAUUUCACAGGCAGCCUGAUUUAUGGUUUGUUCUUGCAGCUUAAAGUCUCACUGCCAUUGAAAGUUUUAUAUGGUGACCAUGGACUUGAUUUGGUAGAUAUGUCCAGGAAGAACGUGCUCUUGCUUUGCCAGUUUUAAAGCAGAAACAAGAAUGGUAAGCAAGGUGUCAUUCUGAUUUUAAUGUAGUGGGCUGGGAUUUAUUCUACUAACUCUCACAGAUUAGUUGGAAAGAUAUUCAGCAUGAAAGGCUCAUAUAUUAUGAGUAUAGGAAUACCUACUACUGUGGCGCAUAUGCAAGUGGAAACUCUUGCCUUGCCUGCACAGAUGAAAGAAGUUAUAAGUGCAGAGACGACAACAGGCAUCUUGAUUCUUGCUAUAGCUUUCAGAAAUAGACAGUCACCAAUUUGGACGAUUUUCAUAUUUGGAAUAUGAACACCCCAAUCCAGAUAUCCAUGGCAAUCAAUAUCAACUCAAAAAGUGGAGAAGUUGUCCAGAUGAACAGUUGCAGCCAGAGAUGAAAAUAUCAAUUAGGCAGGAUGUUGCAAUGGGGCACCAUAAUUUCAAGAUAUCGAGUUCCAUAUCCUGCCACAAAUAUUCAAGAUGUAGAGCCCAGACCGUAUCAAAUGAUGGAAAGAAAGUUGCAGCUAAGCUAUGGCCGAUUCAUUUAGAGCAAUAUUUUGAUUUUUGUUCAGUUCUGGGCAGAAUGUCACAGUUAAGAACAAAUCACUGGGCCUUGGUCGACUGAAUAAGGUACAUACUGAAUAAAUCAUGUGACAUUGGCAGUGGGCAGCCAUAUCCUUCUCUCUUUGAUGUGAAGGGCAGCUAUGUGAUAUUAAGUUGAUAGACUUAGGAGGAGGCCUUUACCAGUUGCUGGUGUACUAUUUGCAUUGGAAGAGAUUACAUCUUGGUGGAGUGAUGUAGCGUGUAUAUUUUAAUUCUACCAUUGUGGCUGUUGUGGUGCAUAGUACAAUGGAGUGGUGUCAAAGUGGAAAUUGUGAUCAUUUUGGCUCUAGUGGCUUUAUAAUAUGGGACGCAUUAGAUGGUCAAGGAGAUUAUUCCUUUGAGAGGUUGCUUCUGUUAAGGAUAAAGCUACCCCUGCACUGACUGUUAGCCAAAAUACCUCAUAGUAGCAGAACUUGAGCACUACCUCUGCGUAAUCUCUUGCUGUCAUUGUAUAAAUGAUUAUUGUAUUUAGAAUAUUCUCGAUUCUUUGUAGUCUAGCCUCUAUACAAGGUAAUCUUGUAUUUGCUAUUGAAUCAAUGAAAUACAAACCAAUAUUUCAGCUCUGUAA